AUGUCUCAAAUUACUCUUUUCACUGAUUCUCGGCUGCCCUGCCCUCAGAGACUGCUACUCACUAUCCAUGAAAUUGGGCUCCAGAUCAAUGAUGUUAGAGAGGUUGACAUUUCUAAAUUUGAACACAAGCAACCAGAUAUCUUGGCACUCAACCCUUAUGGUGCUGUACCAUUCAUUCGAGAUGAGGCCCAUAACCCGCCGUUGAUGUUGGCCGAGUCACGCGCCAUUGCAAGAUAUUUGGCGCAUGCAUAUGGUAGCAACGAUGCAUCAGCUUCACUGCUUCCGGAUUCAAACGAUGUUGUCGCGAUAGGCAAGUUUGAAGAGGCAGCAUCAAUCGAGCUCACUUCUUUUGACGCUGCUGCCAAUCAGCUCGUCUUCGAAGAACUGUUUAAACCGUGCGUCCUUUGA